AUGACAAAUCCGCCCACAACAUUCCCAACAAACAAUGUUUCUCCUCGUCAUCGGCAACAAUCGACUGAAUCGAAUGACAUCACCGAUGCACUUAUUAUUGAUGAGAAAAACGUAGAACAUGUAGAAAUACCUGUCGCUGUAAAAUUGCCAGAAACUAAUACUAGUGGUGGAGUAAUAUGUAGUCUGUGUAACGCAUAUUUAAAUAGCCGAAUAUCUUACAAUGACCAUCUGCAAGGUAAAAGACAUAAACAAGCAUGUCAGAAAAUACUUGCCACAAAUCCUGAUUAUAAGGAACUAAGUUAUGAUGAGUGCUCGAAAUCAAGUGCAGGUAAUACUAAGAAUAACGGAAAUAAACCGCCCGAGGUUGCUGUGUCCGAAGAAAGACCUGCGGAAUCGACGUUGCCACCGAAAAGUCUUCUAUGCAACCUGUGUAAUAUAACGUGCAGCAGUCAAACGGUACUUGACGCUCAUCUAAAAGGAAAACGACACCAGAAAACUCUUCGUUGCGGCAGAUCGGCGAUUAGCAAUGGCAAUUCUGCCUCAGCAAGAUUUUGCAAAAUUUGCUGCAUCACAUUCAGCAUGCACUCAAAAUUAUUGGAGCAUUUCGAUAAACAAGAACACAAAGAACGAGCAGCAGCACUACCACCACCACCACCAGAAGCCCCUGAUGCUCAACAGUCUGAGGUUUCAAAAAUCAAUUUUGAAGAAUACGAAGUGACCAAGGAACAUUUGAAGAGUCUUGGUUAUCAAUAUGAAUGUAAAGUAUGCAAUAAGAAGAUUGCGAAGAAGGACGAUCUUAUUCAUCAUGUCAAUACUGUCGCACAUAACCAUAAGGUGAAAUUACAGCAUAGACAAUCAACUCGACCAUUUAAGAAUCGACAAAUUCCUCUGAAGUCUCGUCACCCACGCAAUCCUUCCCAGCGUGUACCUCAAUCUCAAUCGAACUCGGGCAAUAUUUUUGGUGCUUUCGAUCCAGAUAAUCAAUAUUCUCAUAUAUUUGAAUCUCAACUUAGAAACAAUUUAACACCUUCAAACAAAUCCUAUUCUCAACAAAUGUGUGUCAAUAACGAACAAGAUGUCGGUCCGCAGUAUUCAUAUUCGAGCUAUAGCAAUUACCAAGGAACACUAUCACGUCCUCCUGUGCAAUAUUCAUACGACUAUAACUAUAAUCCAUCUGAUUAUUUCAUGAAUUCUUCCUUUCAAUCAUCUUCAACAUCUAAUUAUCCUUCAGCGUAUUCUCAAACUUACUAUACAACGUAUGACUCCGAGCCGUCUAAUAUUAGCAUUAUUGUCAUGAAGUGGGGAGAAUAUGUAGUAGUGUGUCUCAUCGUGCUUGUCUGUUUGUGUUCAUACAAACAACAUGUCAGUUCACUUGAUAAUGGUCUACUUCGACAACCACCCAUGGGUUGGUUGACUUGGCAACGAUUUCGAUGUGUAACCGAUUGUCAGGCAGAUCCAGAUACUUGCAUUAGUGAAAAACUGAUCCGAACACAAGCACAAUUACUCGUACAAGGUGGAUAUCUAGCCGCUGGAUAUGAAUACAUCAUUAUUGAUGACUGUUGGUUAAAUGGUACACGUGCACCGGAUGGAUCACUACAACCUGACAAUAAACGUUUUCCGAGUGGAAUUGCUGCUUUGUCAGAUUAUGUUCAUUCUCUUGGACUGAAAUUUGGUAUUUAUGAAGAUUAUGGCACACAAACCUGUGCAGGCUACCCCGGUGUUCUAGGACAUUUAGUACAAGAUGCCAAGACCUUUGCCAGUUGGAAAGUCGACUAUUUAAAACUUGAUGGGUGCAAUGCUGACAUCAAAGAUUAUGAUACAGGUUAUCCAGCAAUGGAAGAUGCUUUAAAUGCAACAGGGUAUCCAAUCGCAUUUUCAUGCUCAUGGCCAGCUUAUCAAGAGUCUGCAAAAAUGAAACCUAACUAUUCUGCAAUUGCUCAUACAUGUAACUUAUGGAGAAACUGGGACGAUAUUGAUGAUUCAUGGGAUAGCGUUUAUUCAAUUCUACAGUGGUUUGGUGACAAUCAAGAUCGUUUGUCACCAUUUCAUGGUCCCGGACAUUGGAAUGAUCCAGAUAUGCUUGUAAUUGGAAAUUUUGGUUUAAGUCCUGGCCAAUCUCGGGCACAAAUGGCACUUUGGUCAAUCAUGGCCGCACCCCUUAUUCUCUCAGUGGAUUUACGAACAAUUAGUGAUUGGGCACGAGAUAUAAUCCUAAAUAAAAACUUAAUUGCAAUCAACCAAGAUCCACUUGGGGCGAUGGGAAGACGCAUACUCAAAUUAAGCGGCAGCGUCGAAGUAUGGAGUAAGCCAUUACAAGAUGAUCGUGUGGCGUUUGUUGCACUCUAUCCUGAACCAUAUGGAACACCAAUUCACGUUAGCAUUAAGCUUACUGAUCUUGGUUUAGGACGCUACCAAGAUUAUGACUUCUUCGAAUCAUUUUACGGUGAUUUUCUCGGUCGACAUCAUUAUACUGAUACGUACAGUUUUACAAUCAAUCCAGCAGGCGACGUACAUGCAUUCUAUGUAGAAUCUGCUGUGCCAGAGAAGCGAUUCCGUAAGAAAUUAUAA